AUGAUUCCAUCAACUGCCGUUGAAAACAGUACCGCUGUUCCUGAUACUGCUACCUUGCUAGCAGUGUAUCAAGAAUUCCGUACAUCUCUUGGAGACCUCACAUUCAACUCCAAGCCUAUUAUUACAAAUCUCACCAUCAUUGCUCAGGAAAACAUAAAUUCUUCUUCAGCUAUUGUUCAUGCUGUAGAAGAGCGAAUCAAGAAUAAUAAAUGUGCAUUGCUUGUUGCCGCCAUUAUUCCCUUUACUAUUUUAUGA